UGCAAUUGUAAGAUUUUUAAAAAUACCGUAGUAUUAAUAAAACGUUUUUUGCAGCUCAGUCCAGCCUUCGUAAAGCGGAUUCAGCAUAAAAUCAAGGACCUUUUGAUACAGAUGGAAGAGGGUUUGAAGACUGCUGAUCCUCAUGACUGUUGUGCUUACACUGGUUGGACAGGGAUUGCCCUUCUUUAUCUGCAGUGUUUCCGUGUAACACAGGAGUCUGUACAUCUCCAACGAUCAUUGUAUUAUGUGAAGAGGACACUGCGUAAUCUGAAUGGGCGAAGAGUCACAUUUCUCUGUGGUGAUGCAGGACCUUUAGCUGUUGGUGCUGUUGUACACCACAAGUUGAAGAAUGAAAUUGAAUCACAAGAAUGUGUCACAAAAUUGUUACAACUGCAACGAACUGUCAUUUGCCUGGAUUCCGAUAUUCCAGAUGAGCUGCUAUAUGGCAGAGCUGGGUACUUGUAUGCUUUACUGUAUGUCAAUGUCGAGAUUGGGCAAGAUACCAUUCCUUUUCCUGUUAUUGAGGAGGUAAUUAAUGCCAUUAUCGAAUCUGGCAAAAAUCUUUCCAAGGAAGAACGCAAAACUGAACGCUGUCCUCUUCUCUACCAAUGGCACAAAAAACAGUAUGUUGGAGCAGCCCAUGGUCUAGCAGGGAUCUACUAUAUGCUAAUGCAGGCAGGCUCAAAGUUGGAUCAGGAGACCCUCGCGGAACUAGUAAAACCCAGUGUGGACUAUGUACGACAUAAAAAGUUUAGGUCUGGAAACUACCCUUCAUCAUUAAGCAAUGAAACUGAUCGACUGGUCCAUUGGUGCCAUGGUGCUCCUGGUGUUAUACACAUGCUGAUUCAAUCUUACAAAACCUUUAAAGAAGAAAAGUACUUGAGAGAUGCAAUGGAGUGUAGUGAUGUUAUCUGGCAGCGAGGGUUGCUGCGGAAGGGUUAUGGAAUCUGCCAUGGAACUGCAGGCAACGGAUACGCUUUCCUCUCUCUAUACAAGUUGACUCGGGAUAAAAAGUAUCUCUACAGAGCUUGCAAGUUUGCUGAAUGGUGCUUGGAUUAUGGGACACAUGGAUGUCGUAUCCCUGAUAGACCAUAUUCCUUGUUUGAAGGAAUGGCUGGAGCAAUUCACUUCUUGUCUGACAUGUUGAAUCCAGAAGCAUCUCGAUUUCCAGCCUUGGAGCUCUGAAGUACAGCAAGCUUGUGCUAAAUGGUGAUCAAAUGAUUUUGUAUCUGACUUAGGAGGACUUCUUUUCAGUGGAGAACAGAACAUCUUAGUGUCUCCUUUAUGAACACACAGGCCAAGUCUGUCAGUAUCUCACGAACCAAUACGUUGAACGCGACAUGUGGAGCAGUAGCUCGGAAUAACUUUAUUCUCUGAAAAUUAGUGUGGCAUUUCAGCUUAAAGAUUAAAAAUAUUAAUUUAAUACUAGUCCUCCUUUUGGUUUGUAUGCAAGCUUACAAUCCUGUGUCUGUGACUGUGUCUUUGUUCUUGUUUGUAUUGGAUCUAAUCGUUUGCCAAAUUUCCUUUUAAAGUGGUUAUGUCCUUUUGUGCAUGUUAAGAAGUUGGAUCAUCGAUCCGAUGAUACCACUUUACUUCUGAUUUAUGUUUGGAUGUACCUAAAGAACAGCGCUCAUAAAUUUGUUCCAUUAGUCAGGGUUGUUGGUCAUGUUGCAGACUUCCAAUACAAAUCUUUGCAUCAAGGCUAGAUUAAACAUAGUUGCUUUUGCUAAAUCUAUCAACUGGUUUGUGUUGAGGAAAAGUAACCUAUAUGCUGGCUUUGUAUAAUAGUGAAUUUUCAUCCAAAAAUAACUCUUAUCUCUCACUCAUAUUCUCUGUCUCAUUCUUUCUGUUUGCUUUCUUUUCUGUUGAAUUAUAAUAAUGUUUCAUUGUUACAAAAAAAUAUUUAGUUGGAACAAAGCUUGUUUUAAGUAUUGGUGGCAAAGAGCAAACAUUGCUGAAAUAUGAUAAUCAAAAACUAGCAAAGAUUUAUGGCUUCUGUCCUUGCAGAAUUGCUAGCAUUUCUUGUGGAAAUAGGCUAAGAUUGUGUACCUAUAUGGAUUACUUUGCUAGAAGUUGGAAAUAAUACUGGAUUUUAUUAAUGUUAGCAAAUUUUAAUUUAUAUUGAAGUUUGUUUAUUUUUCCCCUAAGGUAAAGUAUUAGUGAACCAAACUAUGAAACGUGCAGUGCCAAUUUUGACCAUAUUGACCAGUUUCAUCUUGACAUUUUAUGGUGAAGGAAGCUGCAAAAUGUCGAAAAUAAUGCUAUAUCAAUCAGAGAUUAAUAUUCUCAAUCACUUUUUAAAAUGGUGGCAUGAGAACUGUGCAGCUCAGUCAUUGUUACCAAAGGUUCAGUCAUUGCUACUGUCUUUACUGUAAGACAAAACCAAGCUAUCCAUAGCAUUUCUGUUUUUGAUUUCAUUUACUUUUAUGGCAGUGUUGAUUUUCUAAGUAGGUUUUUGCAUAGCAUACAUAGCAAAAGUAUUUAUUUUGUUUUUCCUUUUACUGUUUCAAUGCCUUUCCAUCGCCAUUGACAUACUAUGUGAUACCCGAGAUGAAAGAUGGUAAAAGUUGAAAGGAGUAUAAUG